AUGAGUGAAAGUGAACAACCGAAGGUUCUGAACGAGGAAUCGAGACCCGAAGAGGUCCCAGCCGUCCCAGAGACCAGCACGCCUCAAGACGAAGAGGUUACUUCGAAAUCUGACCCAAUUGAAGAGGAUCAACUGGAAUCCAAGGACAAUGAAGAAACCGAACCCACCCAGAGUGAAGAGGUGGAGGAGGCCCCUGAAAAGAAUGAUGAAACUGUUGAAUCGGCGGAGGCUAACGCUGAGCAGGCAGAUGACGAAUCCAGUCUAGCUGAGAACGGUGUCCAGGAAAUACUGACCCAAGAGGUGACUAAGCCUGAGGAAGACGGCAAACCUGCUGAGGAGCCAGUCGCCGAGAACGCUCAAGAUGACGAUGGCUCGAAGGAAAACGGCUUUGCUCACGAUAAGCCAUUGCCGGAAAUCAACAUUGCUGGAACCUCGGAACAGGCCCAAGAGGCUACCAAGGAGGCCGAGCUUCCAGCCAAAAAGUACUUCAACGCCACCGUUGAUAACAUCCAGAUUUUCAACAAGACAUUUGAGCAUAUUCUUGGCAGCAAGGAGGCCAAAAAGAACGAUCAAUUGAAGAACGCGACCCAGAAAGCCAUCGAUUCGUUGAACAACCUGUCUUCUAGAGACCCACACGUUAUGUUUGACGCUUUGAAAAUGGCUUGCGAGUUGGGAAACCACGAAUUGAAGAAAAACGCUGUUGACUUGUUUGCCAAGUUGUUCGACUACGCUCUGUUCGAAGACGAGAGUGACAGAGUUAAGCUUACCGAUGCCUCGGUUGACGUGGUGUCUGCUUGCUUCGAGGGCGAAGGCACCGAUCCCGAAGUGGAGUUGCAAGUGGUCAGAGCCUUGAUGCACAGCAUUCUACUAAUGCCAACCCACGGCGCGUCUCUUCUAAAAGCAGUGAGGCAAAUCUACAACGUGUUCAUCUUCUCGCUCACCCCACGAAACCAGGCUGUUGCGCAGGGUAUUUUGACACAGGUCAUUGGCGCCAUAUUCCAAAGAGUUCAGGAGUCUUUGGCGAACAAGUCAAGGAUGUCCAAGUCCAGCAGUAAUUUUAAUCUUAAGCUGGACGAGGCUCCAACAGAAGACGAUGAGCCCAAAGAGAAGCUCACCUUGGCUGCUUUGGAGAACAAUUCUAGCCUAGAUCUGGAACGCGUCAAUGAGGCAAACUUGGCCUCUGAAAAUGACGAGGACUUGGCUGUCAAAGAUGCAUUCUUGAUUUUCAGAGCGAUGUGCAAACUCUCUAUCAAGGAUCUUGAUACCGACAAUGUCGACAUGAGGUCACACUCUGUUCGCUCCAAGCUUCUUUCGCUACACAUCAUCCACACCAUCUUGAAAGAGAACAUUGAUAUUUUCUUGAGCAAAGACGUGGUAAUCCUUUCGUCCAAUUCUGACGACAGAACACGCUUGAUCGACGCAGUUCGCUCAUACUUAUGUCAAGCGUUGAUCAAGAACGCCGCUUCUCCUCUUGCUCCCAUCUUCGAAUUGUCGCUUGAGAUCUACUGGCUUUUGAUCUCCAACUUGAGAUCUGACUUCAAGAUGGAGAUUCCUGUCUUCUGGGAACAGAUUUACAUGCCUGUUGCCGAGAUGAAAACAUCGACGCCUCACCAAAAACGCUACUUGCUUUCAAUCAUCGAGCGUCUUUGCAGUGACUCGCGUUGCCUCAUAGAGUUCUACCUCAAUUACGACUGUGACAGCGAUCAACCUAAUAUUUGUGAAAAGAUCAUUGAUUUGUUGACAAAGAUGUCGUUGUCCCGUGUUGAGGUCACAUCUACCCAAAAAGCUGCGUAUCGUGAGAAUGGCCGCAAGGGUAUUUCUUUGUACGAUAUCAGCAAAAUUGCCAAUUUGACAAGUUCCACUAUGUCUUCCAAACCACCAGAGCCUGACAUCUACAACAGCUUCCCCCUUGAAUACGCCAUGAAAAUGUCAUCCAUUAACUGUACCGUGGCAUUUUUGAGAUCGCUCUAUUCGUGGGCUCAAAAGAGUAUCAGUACAUCUAACAAGCUCAAUAAUGGCUUGAAUGGUUCUAGAACCAGUAUCAACACGGGCAGGAUCUCGAACGGUGAGUCUCCAAACUCGAGCCAAAUUACUUCAAGGAAUGCUUCAUUCGUUGGACCUUCCAGUAGUGCCGAGCCUUCAGAGAUCAACGACGACCCCGAACAAUUUCAAAAUCUGAAGCAAAGAAAGAAGGCUUUCUUGGAAGGUGUAAGACAAUUCAAUCAAAGACCAAAGAAGGGUAUCAAACAAUUCAUCGAGAACGGCUUCAUCAAGUCAGACGAUCCUGAGGAAAUCGCAUUGUUCCUUCUCAACUCAGAGAACUUGAGCAAGGCAGCUAUCGGCGAAUUCCUUGGUGAAGGUGAUGAGAAGAACGUCGCAAUCAUGCAUGCUUUCGUCGAUCAGAUGAACUUCAACAGCACAGGUUUUGUGGAUGCUAUGAGGACAUUUUUGCAAUCUUUCAGAUUGCCAGGUGAGGCUCAGAAGAUCGAUAGAUUCAUGUUGAAGUUUGCUGAAAGAUAUGUACUUGGAAAUCCUGGUAUUUUCUCGAAUGCAGACACGGCCUAUGUUCUAGCCUAUUCCGUUGUGAUGUUGAACACCGAUCAACACUCCCCUCAAAUCAAGAACCGUAUGACUGUGGACAGCUUUGUUGCCAACAAUAGUGGUAUUGACGACGGAAAAGAUCUUGACAGAGAAUUUCUCGAAAAGAUUUACUACGAGAUCCAGCAAAAUGAGAUCAAGUUGCAAUCUGAGCAACAUGCGGCUCUUCUCUCUGGUGACCCCUCCGUGACUCCAGCCACAUCUGUUGGCUUUUUUGGUGGUAGAGAUUUGACAAGAGAGGCAUAUUUACAUGCUUCCAAGGAGAUGUCUACCAAAACUGAGAAGCUUGUGAAGAAUUUGGGCAAGAAGAUGAAGUCUGAUGAUCCACUGGGCUCCGUGUUCCAUGCUGCCUCGCAUGUUAUUCAUGUCAGAACCAUCUUUGAGACAUUGUGGAUGUCUAUCUUGGCUGGUUUGACUCCUCCUUUCAAGGAAUAUGAUGAGGAUGAUAUCACGAAUGUCUGCCUUGAGGGUAUCAAGCUUUCUAUCAAGAUCGCGUGCAUGUUUGAUAUCUCGUACGCUAAGAGUUCCUACAUCAGCGCUUUGGUGCAAUUCCAAAGUUUGACGAACAUGGAAAAUAUCAAACCCAAGAACGUCGCUGCCGUCCACAUUAUGUUGGACAUUGCUAUUAGUGAGGGCAACCACUUGAAGUCCGCAUGGACACAAGUUCUCACAUCCAUUUCUCAGCUAGAGCGUUUGCAGUUAAUUGCUCAAGGUGUGGACCAAGACUCUAUUCCUGAUGUUUCAGUAGCAAGAAUGGUGAACAGAACAUCCAUCGACAGUACUACUUCAUCGGGUUUCUUCAGCCUGUUCACUCCAUCGCAAUCCGCGUCCAUGAAAUUCCACAACCAACAACUUAGUCCUCAAGCUGCACAGCUUUUGUCCAGAACUGAGUUGAGUGUCGCUAUGGAUAAGGUAUUCACGAACAGUGCUGAGUUAUCAGGUGAAGGUAUCAAAGACUUUAUUGAGGCUCUCAGUAAGGUGGUGUCUGAGGAGAUCGAGUCUUCGGGCUCGUCAUCUAAUCCUAGAAUGUUUUCGCUUCAGAAGGUCGUUGACAUUUGUUACUACAACAUGAGCAGAAUUCGUUUGGAAUGGUCUCAAUUGUGGGCGAUCAUGGGUGAAAUCUUCAACACUGUUGGCUGCAAUGCCAAUAUAAAUGUCUCAUUUUUUGCCUUGGAUUCUCUCAGACAAUUAUCUACCAGAUUUAUGAACAUUGAGGAGUUGGCACAAUUCAAGUUCCAAAAGGAGUUCUUGAAACCUUUUGAGCAUAUUAUUGUUCACAACCCCUCACCCGAUGUCAAGGAUAUGGUCGUCGAAUGUAUGAACAAUUUGAUCUUGGCAAAUGCUUCUCAGAUCAAGUCUGGUUGGAAGACAAUUUUCAAGGUUCUUACAGCUGGUGCCCGCGAGAAGAAGGAUUCCAUUGUGACCAAGUCUUACAAGCUCGCUUUCACAAUCAACAAGGAGUAUAGUGAAGAAGUUCGCCAGCAGGACUCUUUCUCGGACAAGGUGGAAUGUUUCACUCAAUUCGCCAAGAAUGAGAAGUUCCAAAAGGUCGGACUUCUUUCUCUUGAGGUGUUGCUGAGAAUGAUUGUCAAAAUUGCUGGUCUCGCUGAAGAGGAGGAGAAGAAUGACAAGGUUGUCAUUCGUGGCUCUGAAAAUGCAGACUCGUUGAAGAAGCUUUGGUUCCCAGUUUUGUUUGGAUUCUUCGAUAUCAUCAUGACUGGCGAAGAGCUUGAAGUGAGAUCGAGAGCAUUGACGCAUUUCUUUGACGUGCUUUCCAAAUACGGUGCCAACUUCAAGGAGGACUUCUGGGAUGAAAUCUGCCACAAGCUUUUGUUCCCUAUCUUUGGCGUUUUGGCUGACCCUUGGAAGUUGAAGUACGACGAAGACAACAGUGCUUCGGAGAGGGAUAGAAUUUCUUUCUGGGUGUCUACGACCUUGAUUCAAGCACUCAACAGCAUGGUGUCCCUUUUCACUCAGUACUUUGACAAUCUCACGCCAAUGUUGAAGGAGUUCUUGGACUUGUUGAUCAACUGUAUCUGUCAAGAGAAUGAUACAAUCGCCCGUACGGGUAAAUCGUGCUUACAAGAUUUCUUGCUCAAGAAUGCCGAAAGACUCAAUGACCAGCAAUGGGAUCUGAUCACAGAUGCGUUCGACUCGUUGUUCGACCUCACUACUGCCAACGAGUUGUUCAACUUGGACCCAUUGAAGAAGCAUGGUGCCGAAGACGAUGGCAUUGAUGUUCCACUUGACCUCAAUGACAGCUCGAUGCAAUCACACGAGAUGGCUUCUCCUAUUACAGAUGAGGCUGAGGAAAGAUUACAGAGAUCUAAGGACAAGUCCUCGAUUGUCAUCAAAUGUGUGCUUCAAUUGUUGAUGAUUGAAACCUUGCUGGAACUCUCGGUUGAAGAGGCUUUCUACGACCACAUUUCUCACCAACAUUUGAUGAAACUUGCACAUUUGUUGGAGUCGAGUUACAAUUUUGCCAGAUCUUUCAACGACGACUACGAGCUUAGAGUCAGACUCUGGAACGCUGGUGUAAUUGAAAGACUUCCAAACUUGCUCAAGCAAGAGAGCAUGUCCUCAGCUGUCUUCUUGAACAUCAUGUUCAGACUCUACUGUGACAAUAGCAAGGUGAGCGGCGAGGCCAAGGACACCAUCUUGAAAUCUGUCGUUCCACUCUCGAAUGACAUUGUUUCGAGGUUUGCCGAUCUCGACGAGUCCAACCAGCAAAAGAGCAUUUCUACGUGGAAGCCGGUUGCAAUUGAGAUCCUCAGGGGUUAUGUGGAGUUUGACGACUCGGACUUUUCCAAGCAUGCGCCGGCCAUGUACAAGCUCUUAUUGAAAUUGUUCGACAGAGGUAUGUCGCAGGAAUUGAGAAAAGCAUUGCAGAUGUUUUUCACGAGAAACUUGUACGAUUUAUUGGGUAACGAUGUGGAGGAUGAGCUGGCGCUCCCUCCUCAGGCUCCAAGAGAGAUCGUUAGGAACACCACCUCUUCCAAGAAGAGUGACGUCCCUCCAGCCAAGGCCGACCCUGCUAGAGCUAAGAAGAACAAGAAGGGCCCUACUGGUAACGAGGCUGCCCUCAAAAACAAGAGCAACAACAAGGAUGUUGCUCCUCCUUCCAACACCCCUUCUUCCAGAGAGAAGAAGCCAUUUGACCGUCACUCCAGAACCGGCAAGACCGACUCCAAGAAGAAGUUGAAGCAGGGCUGGGGUGCUGACGACAAGAGAGAGUUGGACGACGAGACCAACGCCACCGGCGAUGCUUUGGUUGAGUUGGAGAAUGAGGCUGCCGAGAAGGGCGAGCCAGCUCCUCCAGCUGCCAAGUCCUUGCAGGACUACUUGAACGAGUUGCAGCUUGCUGAGAACAACUUGGACGGUAAGAGAACCGUCAGAUCCGCCAACCAGGGUGCCGAGCAGAAGUGGGCCGAGGGUGAGGUUGUGGAGAAGCACACCGAGGACUUUGUCAAGGCCACCCACGCCAGAAAGCAGAAGCAGAAGGCUUUGAAGGAGAAGAAGUACUUGGACUUCAGCGCUGUUUUCGCUGACGAGGCUCCUAGACCUCAGAGCGACUCUGCUAGAGGCGGCUUCAAGGGCUCCAGAGGCCCCAAGCCAGCCAGAGGCGGUAAGGGCGGCAACAACGUCAAGAAGGCCCAGCCACCUGCUGUGAACGACAAGAACUUCCCAUCUUUGAAGUAA